AUGGAACUCUCAUCGCAUGAUAUAUCCAGAUUACUUGGUGUCGACAAUGACAGUCCUUGGGUUUUACAUGCUUGUUUUACUUUGAUGUUUGCUCCACUUACUCUCAUCUUUCAAAAACCAUUUGAUAAUGGUAAAGUUCCAAGUUUAUGGUCCAAAAUUAAUGUAACGCCUUUAAUUAAAAAGGACUCCAAAAUCGAACCAUCAAACUACAGAACAAUAUAUCUCACCUCAACUCCAUGUAAAAUAAUGGAGAAACUAGUUAAGAAAGCAGUUAUGCAGCAUCCAAAAUCAAGCAAUCUUCUUUCAAAUAGUCAACAUGGCUUUUCAGAGAAAAAAUCAUGCAUUACGAAUCUCCUUGAAACAAUGGACAUCUUGACUCGAAGUAUGGCUAAAAAACUACCAGUUGACGUUAUAUUCCUGGAUUUUGCCAAAGCAUUUGGCAAAGUGCUACAUCAGCAAAUGCUUUAUAAACUUUUUUUUUUUUUUCAGAUUUAG